CUUAAUUCAGUGUCAAUGUUUGAACCUCUUAUAUACAUAACAGUCUCUGUCUCCAGAACUGAUGCAGAUAGUGCAGGAAACACUCAUAGGAAAUCAGAAGAAAUUUGUAGAAAGCCAAUUCAUUUUCUUCUUGUGAAACUUAACAAAUUGUCUCUUCUUCUAAGGGCCUGGAAGACUCUCUGUUGCAGGGCUGCAAACAAGGAGGAAACCAGAAAGUAUUCACUGACAGUUCACUCUGCACUUAUAAAAUUUACCAACUAUUUUCUUCGUCUAAGGAACUGGAAAACUCUGCUUCAGAUGGCCAAUGAAGCAAGACCUUGCCCAUGUGACCUUGGAGACACGUUUGACUAUGAAGGGAAGGGACAUGAAGUUUCCGUUGAACAUAUCAGGGCUUACCUGACCAAGCCUCCUCACCAUACCGAUAAAGCAAUCAUAGUGAUACAUGAUGUUUUUGGAUGGCAGCUACCAAAUACUAGAUAUAUAGCUGAUAUGCUUGCAUCUAAUGGAUACAUAGCAAUUCUCCCAGACUUCUAUAAAGGACAAGCACCUUGGACACUAUGUGAUGACUGGGCUACAUUUGAUUAUUGGCUAAAAACACGAGACUCCAAAAAUACCAACCGGGAAACAGAAGUUGUCUUGAAGUACCUGAAGGAACAAUGUCAUGCAAAGGAGAUAGGCGUCAUUGGAUUUUGCUGGGGUGGAGCUGCUGUUCAUCAUUUGAUGUUGCGGUAUUCUGAAUUUAAGGCUGGUGUAUCAAUUUAUGGAGUCAUUCGGUUUCAAGAGACCAGUUGUGAACUUAAGAACCCCACGUUUUUCAUUUUUGCCGAGAAUGAUUUCUUUAUUCCUCUUGACCAAGUUGCUGAACUGGAGCAGAAGCUAAAAGAACAAUGCAAAACUAAUUUUGAGGUGAAAAUUUACCCAAGACAAACCCAUGGUUUUGUACAUCGCAAAAGAGAAGAGAGUUAUCCUCAAGAUAAACCUUUCAUUGAAGAAGCAAGGAAGGACAUGCUUAAUUGGCUAAAGAAAUAUAUCUAACAAGUCAGCAGUCCCGCCGGCACAAGAGUUUAACCCACUGUGCCACCAGGGGCUCCAUUCCUUUUCUAUCAGAACUCACUAUAUAAUUAUAAAUUUCCCUUUCCAUUUAAUGCCUGCUUUGAUCAUUUGGGGGGGGGGGGACAACAACUUCUAUGUCUAAUAUUUGUCACUUGUGUUCUACUGAUUCCUUGGUUGACCUCCUGCCUUAUCAUCAAAAAUAUAUGAUUGAUGAAAGAUAGAAAUAUAUUUUGGAAAAUGGAAAUCUCCAUAACCUUUUGGAGAUUUUAUUAUCUUUGGAAAGGUAUGACCUUGUUAGAAGUCAUAACCUUUUGAAAAAGGAUGCCAUAACCUUUUGGGAAAAUAGCAUUCAUGCAAGGCAAUUAGAUUUCUCAGCUGUUAAACUGAUGUACCUAGGUAUCUCUUUGAACUGUUAGGGACAAAGAUAUACCAAAGCACUAUAUAUAUAUAUAUAUAUAUAUAUAUAUAUAUAUAUAUAUAUAUAUAUAUAUAUAUAUUCAAAGUGUUAUUUUCAGUCGCCCAAAAACAUCUACUCUCCCUUAAAACAUAUUUGCCUUUAAAUCAUGCUCUCAGGAGACAAAAAUAGGCAGAUUUCUUUAGAAAUAACAUAGUUGGUUUACUCACAAACUUCAUGUAUUCAGCAUACAAGUACUUUGCAUAUCAAUCCAGUUACAGAUAGGAUUUGAAGUAGUUUCUCUUUGUAGUUUCUCUUUCUUAUAAUCAAUGGUCUAAAGUACAAAGCAUCUCUCAGAGUCUGAGAGUCUAAUAGAGUCUCUAUAGCCUGUUUCAACUAACUUCUAAAUUGUGCUGGUUCUACUGAAUUCUGAAAGCAUACAUCUGUUUCUACUGAAGUCUUAAACAUACAGUUUCUAAAAUGGAGUCUGAGUCCUGAAUAAGCCCAGAUCUGAUCACAUGGUCCUCAGCCCCUCCCACAACAUAGAAUUAAGGAAAACUGCAUACCAAUACACAAAUAUACAAUACAGCAAGCAAUCUGAAUUAUAUACAUAGCAACUAGUGGAGGCUUGAAGAAGGUUGCUAUUUCCAACAACAUAAAAGUCAUGAGAAAUAGAGAUGUUCAGCAUAGGUUGGAGACUGAGAGAAGCAAAUUCUACAACAUGGCAGCAAAUACAAAAACAUAAGUGUAUGAAAUAAACAUUAAUAGAAAAUAGGUAGACAUUGCUUUUAAAAUGAUGACAUUGUGUUUUAUUAAAAUACCAGUAAUUAAGAUAGGAUCUGUGUAUGUUUAUAUUAGGAUAUCUCCUCUGUCCUUUUUAAAUGACUUUUAGCUGUGUCUCCUUUUCUUAGCUGAACAGAUUGUAUAAGGUGCUAAUUUUACAAAACAGAAUAAAUGAAAUCAUGAUAAAAA